CCCUCGCUCGGCGGGAUGGUGGAGACGAAUUCCCCGCCGGCGGGCUACACGCUCAAGCGGUGCCCCAGCGAUCUAUCGGAUGUACAGCAGCCCCCGCGACAGAUUUCCCGCUCGCCGGGGAAUGUCAGCAGCAAUGCCGCCUAUCACCUGACCACCGCCAUGCUCCUCAACUCCCAGCAGUGCGGAUACCUCGGCCAGCGGCUCCAAUCGGUGCUCCAGCAGCAGCAGCAGCAGCACCAGCAGCACCAGCAGCACCAGCAGCACCAUCAAUCGCAGUCCCAGUCGCAGACGCCAUCCUCGGACGAUGGCAGCCAAUCGGGCGUGACCAUCCUGGACGAGGAGCGGACGCGGGGCCUGCCAGUGGGGGCCACAGCGGCGUCUGCGGCUGCCGCCUCCCUUUUCACCAUCGACAGCAUCUUGGGCUCCCGCAGCGCCAACGCCCAGCACCAGCAGGGCAGCACCUCCUCCCACUCCCAAUCAAGCAGCGGCGGCUGCCACAACAACAACAACAAUAAUCACAGCAGCAGUGGCAGCAACGGUCUGGGCUUGGGCCUCAAGCGGAGCACCGAAUCCCCCGCCUCCCCCAACUCCAACUCCAGUUCGAGCGCCGCCGCCAGCCCGAUACGACCGCAGCGGGUUCCUGCCAUGUUGCAGCAUCCUGGCCUGCAUUUGGGGCACCUGGCGGCGGCGGCAGCAAGCGGUUUUGCGGCCUCGCCAUCGGAUUUUCUAGUGGCAUACCCCAAUUUCUAUCCAAAUUACAUGCAUGCCGCAGCCGUUGCCCACGUUGCCGCCGCCCAGAUGCAGGCGCAUGUCAGUGGGCAUGGCGCUGCGGCCGCUGCUGCCGCCGCUGGUCUCGCCGGCCAUGGCCAUCACCCGCACCACCACUCGCAUCACUCGCACCCGCACCAUUUGGGCCACCACCACGGACAGCAUCACCUGGGCCACCUGGGGCACGGGCCGCCGCCGAAGCGCAAGCGGCGGCAUCGCACCAUCUUCACGGAGGAGCAGUUGGAGCAGCUGGAGGCCACGUUCGACAAGACCCACUAUCCGGACGUGGUGCUCCGCGAGCAGCUGGCCCUCAAAGUGGAUCUCAAAGAGGAGCGUGUGGAGGUAUGGUUCAAGAAUCGUCGGGCCAAGUGGCGCAAACAGAAACGAGAGGAGCAGGAGCGGCUCCGCAAGCUGCAGGAGGAGCAGUGCGGCAGCACCACCAACAAUACCACAGGCAGUGGCGGCACAGCCAACAGCAGCAGCACCACUGGUUCCCCGCCUGGCGGCGUCCCCAAAGGACAACAGCAUCACGGGGCAGAGCACUAUGCCGCACAGAUGGUGCACAUCAAGAGCGAUCCCAAUGGCUACAGCGAUGCGGACGAGUCCUCCGAUCUGGAGGUGGCCUAA